AUGACGGGCGUCGUCUUCGCUUUCUCCUUCCUGGGUACUCUCCUUAUUGGAUUCGUCGCCGGUUUCUUGAUCACAAAGUACACUCGGCUGGGCGGACGCGAAGGGGAAAACGAACAAAAUGACGAAUUGACGGAACAGUUGCGACUUUUGACGGACACCCUUGGCCAGCAAAACAAGCACCUUGUUCAACGACACCACUACCAGCAUCACCGCCAGCACCAGUCGUACCUGAAUGGGGAGAAGUUGGCCCACGUUACGGCCAAUCAGGAAGAGUUCCUUCCGUUGUUCAUAGCAAAUCACUCUGUCUUUGGAGGUCGUGCAGGAGGAGGAGGAGCUAUCGAUCGGUUACAGCCACAAUCGUUACCGGACCACAACCAAUACCAGGACUGGGACUCUGUCGGAUCACCCUUCAUGCCUGGAUCGCCCAUGGUCUUAGGACAGCCUGCAUCACUAGCAACAAUAGUAACACCACCAGAUGGCGAGGCCAAUGCUCUCAAAGGCGAAUGGCCAACCAAGAAUUUGGAAAUCGUCCAGAUUGUGAUCCAGCAAGACUCCGAGGGCAAAGAGAUUGUACUCUGGGAGGAUAUUGUAGACGCGUUCAGAGAUGCAGUCAAUGUCCGCCAUGGCACCAUGAUCCUCCCCUUCUUGAAGGACAAGGAUCUGAAAAGACUUCACCCUCCACGCAUUGCCGCAAUGCCGAACACUGUCCUGGAUGUGCUCGUGGAUACCCCGAGGACCCUGCCUGUAGUCCAGUCGACCAUGCGUCAGUCAGCAACUCAGUCACCUCCCAAGCCAGCACCAUCACCUUAUAGCAGCACCCCAUCGCGGCAACGCCAACAACGUCCACCCAAGAAUAUAUCCAUCGCCAUCGUCACCGAGGAAUUCGGCAAAAUUGCUCUCAUGGCUAGGCGAGGAGACGCUAAAAGUCAGACUGACCUUGCAAAGGCUUUCCACCGUGGCUCGGAGGGCCUUUCAAAGAACUACGAGUUAGCGUUGAAGUGGUUCCUCCGAGCAGCCGAGCAAGAAGAUCCUAUAGCGGAAACAAACGUCGGAUUCCUUAUCAUGAAUGGCCAAGGUGCACCACGAGACACUGCCAAGGCGACGAUGUGGUACCUCAAGGCCGCCGACCGAGGUUGCGCAGACGGCCAGUACCGUCUUGGAGAAUUGUACAGCCGCGGAGUCCACCAAGACUACCCCAAAGCCAUGGAGUGGUUGAUCAAGGCCGCCAACCAGGGCCAUGCGGAGGCUCAAACCAGUGUCGGUAAUUUCUAUUUGCACGCUCGCGGCGUUGAUCAAGAUUAUUCCAAGGCCGAGAAGUGGUUCGCCGAGUCCGCUGCUCAAGGUCAUGCGCAUGGCCAGAGACUUCUUGCCCUGCUUUACCACCAAGGCAAUGGAGUCCCUCAAGACUACUUCAAGGCCGCCGAGUGGUUCAACAAGGCAGCCGAUCAAGGAGAUGCGAAUUCUCAGAACGUUCUUGGUGCCUACUAUAAUAAUGGCGUCGGUGUUCCUCAAGAUUUUGCUUUGGCCGCAAAAUGGUUCCUCAAGGCCGCCUUGCAGGAUCAGACACUCGCCCAGGUCAAUCUUGGCUUUUUAUACACACUAGGCCAAGGUGUCCCUCAAGACCACUUAAAGGCUGUGGAGUGGUUCAGCAAGGCCGCCCACCGAGGCUAUGCAGAGGCCCAGUUCAAGCUUGGAGUACAGUACGAGCACGGUCGAGGCGUAUCUGCAGACUACUCCAAGGCCAUGCAGUGGUACAGCAAGGCCGCCACCCAGGGUUACCCAAAUGCUCAAAGCAAUAUCGGUGAUCUCUAUUAUCGCGGUCUCGGAAUUCCUCAAGACUACACCAAGUCCUCAGAGUGGUUCAGCAAGGCGGCCCACCAAGGCUAUGCAGAGGCGCAGUUCCGGCUUGGGUGUGCACUCGAACGAGGCCGAGGUAUUCCCAAAGACGACCCCAAGGCCUUGGAAUGGUACUUCAAGGCAGCUGCUCAAGGUCAUCCGGCCGCUCAGGCUGCGCUUGGUGUCUUAUAUCGCGAUGGUCUCGGUGUUCCUCAAGACUACAUCAAGUCCGCAGAGUGGUUCAGCAAGGCCGCCCACCAAGACUAUGCAGAGGCGCAGUUCCGGCUUGGAUAUGCACUCGAACGAGGCCGAGGUGUUCCCAAAGACGACUCCAAGGCCUUAGAAUGGUACUUCAAGGCAGCUGCUCAAGGGCAUUCGGCCGCUCAGGCCGGGCUUGGCGUCUCAUAUCACGAUGGUCUCGGCGUUCCUCAAGAUUUUGCCUUGGCCAUGGAUUGGUACCUUAAAGCCGCUGGUCAAGCCGAGGCACAGGUGGGUAUAGGCAUGUUGUAUCACAAUGGCGAAGGUGUUGCUAGGAACCCCACGAGGGCGAUGAAAUGGUAUUUGAAGGCUGCCAACCAAGGAAGCAAGGAGGGUCGGGAGUUCUUUGAGAAGCUCAAGGCGAAGGGAUAUGGUUCCCAUUUGGAGUUGGCGUUACCUCCAGCAUACGCGGAAUAA